GCGGCUGGGUUUUCAAUCCUUGUUGCAUUGGCAUCGAAUGGUGAAAGGGCAAGAAUCAAAGCUGCCCAAAACCCAAAACCCAUGUCGAAUCGACGCUUCUUGGCUGCAAACUCUGGGUUCAUGAACGGUUUUGUGUCAUCAGGAAGGGGUGAACGAGAAAGAGAAGAGUAAGAGACAGAACAAAAAGAUGGUGGUGAAUUGGGUGUGGGGUUGGAGAUGUGAUGGGUCAGGGGCUUUAGAGUUGCAGUCGUUAUGGCAGUGGUCGCCAUUUUCGGCUCAUAGUUUUUGGAAAUGGAAGUCCAUCUUGACGUGGGCGAAAGCUGAACCAAUGAUGGCGCUGAGAUAACGGCGGUGGAAGAGCCGAAGUGGGAGGUAAUCCGUAUUGCUUAGGCCCUUUUGAGCUGGAUUUCUCUUAAAUUGUUGGCCCAAUUGAAACUUGACCCUCCUGUAACAUCCAUUGGAAACUCGGUCCACCACAGCGUUAUCAAGCCCAAAUUUUUUCAGGUCAUUAUGGUUCUCCUCAGCUUUUGUUACCGAAAUGUUGUGCCCAGAAGAAAAGAAAAUGUGCUUUUCAGC